AGCGCGGAAUUCAGAGGCAGAGUGUUUCCAAUGUUACAAAUACUUUGGGAAGUGAAAAUUCUUGAUUAUGGCUCAGUAUUCCAAAGAAGAGCUGGAUGAAGAGUUUGAACAGUUCAUGAAAGAGCUUUCAGAUGAUUCUUUUGAGAAUUCAAACAAAACACCUAGACAACCUAAAAGAGAAGUGAAAAAGAAAGAUGCAGUGCCAUGGUGGAUAACUGAAGAUGAUUUUGAAGAUGGUGGACUGCUUGGAACAAAUGUAAGCUAUCUGAAAGCAAAGAGGCCUUCUCAGCCUAUUAUGGAAAUAGAAGCGGAGUCUGCUGAAAGGAUUCAGUUUCUUCAGAGCAGUGGAACCUCUAUCUUAAGUAUUGACAGCUUAGAAACAAAUGAGAUGGUAGUUUCUGAACUCAAUCAUAGUGUUCUUGGAUUGGAAUUGGACACAUUAGAAGAACAAGAAGAAAAAGAGCAAUUUUUUGCCAGGCUUGAGGAAGGCUUAACAUCUUCCAUUGAUUAUUCAAGAUUAAAUAAGGAACUGGAUUCUAAUGACUCCACACAAUUUAAAGCUUUACAUAGUAAUCAAGCUAAUGUAGAACUAAGUGAAGAUAAACAUGAGUAUGAAUCGAAACAUGAAGAAUUGGCAGAAAAUUACAGUGAUGAUUUUGAAGGUGAGGAGGAUAUUGAUGCACCUUUGACUACUCAAGAAGAGACUAAUACCAAAGAAAAUCCCAAAUCUGAAAAACUACACGUACCCAAACAGGAAGAAGAGAAAAUUGGUAUGCUGGCUAAUGUGGUGCUGCUUGAUUCCUUAGACUCUGUUGCAGAGGUCAACCUUGAUGAACAGGAUAGAGCAACUAAGCCGGAGGCCCUGCCAGAAAUGGCUGAUAAUGAAAUGACAGGAACAGGUGUUUCUUAUGGACAAAGCAAUAGUGACAUUGAAGCUCUCCAUCAGGCUUAUUGUCAGAUAGCCCAUUCUUUGGGAGAUGCAGACGAGCAGAGAACUGAGAGUAAUGCAGUGGAAAAUAUCAAGAGCUCAGUGAAAGAUUAUCCUCAAGAAAAUGAAGAGUCCUCUAAAAACAUCUCUACUACAGAAUCUGAUCUGCCCACGGUAGAGGAGCUGAUGAAACCUAUCAGAAUAGAUUCCUUUGGUGUCAGUGGUUUUGAUGUACAACCUGUCAGCUAUAAGAAACUGGCUGAUAGAAAAGAAACUGAAUUUGUUAGCCCUUUAUCCCUUAAGACGAACCCAAAUAUUAUAUCUCAAGAGCCACAAAAUGUGAACCAAUUUUUUGACAGAAAUGAAGAGAAUGUGGUUUUACAAAAGACAACAAAUAAAGGUGUAGAAAAUGGCUGUCCAGGAGUAAAUACUACAGAAGAACAUAUAGAUAAAAUGUACCUUGAUAUUUUGAGGAAAAAACUAUCUGUUGGUCCUUCGUUAUUGCCUCAGGAUGACAAAAUAAAUAAAACUUUCAAACAACUCGGUUCUGGAGAAGAAGGGGCUGUAACUGGUAAACAGGUACCAUACAAGAAGGCCAAAAGUGCACCUCCAUUACUUAAAAGAAAACCCCAGAGUGGAUUAUAUGCAUCAGUUAGGAGCUCAGGCUAUGGCAAAUCCAGUUCACCAUUCAAGACUUUUCCUACUCUUGAAAAGAAAACUUCAAAGGACAUUAUGAAAAGCAAAAACUUGAGAUCCAUUCCCACUUCAAAUCAAGCUAGGAAAAAAGAAAUCUUAUCGGGAACAAAAGUCAUCAAGCCCGCAGCUUUGGGUAAAGCAGCUCCCAAAACUGAAAGUUGCCGGGCUACUCCUAAGAAGGCUGAAGAUUCUACAGAAACUGAUUACUGUGUUCAGUUUCAGAAUGAUUCUUCAGGAUACCAUGGUGAGAACAAGGAGACCGAGUUAAUUAUGUUUAAAAGAGUUCAGGAAGCAGAGGAAAAAUGGAGGGGUGCACAAGCCCUAAUUGAGCAAAUUAAAGUUACAUUCUCAGAAAAAGAGAGAGAGCUGGAAAAUAAGAUGGAAGAACUAAAGAGACAACAGGAAAAGGAACUCUUCAGACUGAACCAAGACAAUUACAUUCUUCAAGCCAAGUUAAGUAGCUUUGAAGAAACAAACAAAAAGCAGAGAUGGUUACAUUUUGGAGAAACAGCUGAUACUGUCACUGAAGAAAAAUUGAAGCAAAUUCAAAAAGAAAUACAGGAACAAGAGACACUUCUUCAAGGAUAUCAACAGGAAAAUGAAAGAUUGUAUAAUCAAGUGAAAGAUCUCCAAGAACAAAACAAGAAAAAUGAGGAGCGAAUGUUCAAGGAAAACCAGAGUUUAUUCAGUGAGUUAGCUUCCUUAAAAGAACAGAUGCACAAAAGUCGUUUCCUGUCUCAAGUAGUUGAAGAUUCAGAGCCCACCAAAACCCAGAAUUUUACAGAUCUGUUAGCAGAACUACGGGUAGCACAGAAAGAGAAAAACAGUUUAUUGGAAGACGUCAAAAGACUGAAGCAAGACAAACAAGCUCUUGAAGUAGACUUGGAAAAAAUGAAGAAAGAGAGAGACCAAGCCAAAGAUCAGAUUGCUUAUGCCACAGGUGAAAAAUUAUACGAAAUAAAAAUUUUAGAAGAAACACAUAAGCAAGAAAUCAGUCGUCUGCAAAAAAGAUUACAGUGGUAUGCUGAAAAUCAGGAACUUCUGGAUAAAGAUGCAGUUCGGCUUAAAGAAGCAAAUGAAGAAAUUGAGAAGCUCAAACUUGAGGUUGAGAAACUGAAAGCUGAAUCUGGAAAUCCAUCUAUUCCGCAGAAGAUACGUUUAAAAGAGAAAGCAGCUGAUGCCAAAAAAAUUCAGGAUCUAGAGCGACAAGUUAAGGAAAUGGAAGGCAUUCUAAAGAGAAGAUACCCCAAUUCUUUACCUGCUUUAAUAUUGGCUGCAUCAGCAGCUGGUGACACAGUGGAUAGAAAUACAGUGGACUUUAUGGAAAAAAGGAUAAAAAAACUAGAGGCUGAUUUGGAGGGCAGAGAUGAAGAAGCAAAGAGAAGCCUUCGGACCAUGGAACAGCAGUUCCAGAAAAUGAAGAUUCAGUAUGAACAGAGACUAGAGGAGCAGGAGCAGCUACUUGCCUGCAGAUUAAAGGAGGCACCCCAGAACCACCCUGACAGUGCCUGCAGGGUUGAAGCACUAGAGAAGGAGCUCGACGACAUCAAGGAAGCCCAUCAAAUCACUGUAAGAAAACUUGAAGCUGAAAUAGACAUUCUUAAACAUCAAAAUGCCGAAUUGGAACUCAAGAAAAAUGGUAAAGAUGAUAAAGAUUUCCAGUCUAUAGAAUUCCAGAUAGAACAAGCUCAUGCUAAAGCUAAGCUGGUGAGACUUAAUGAGGAGCUGGCUGCGAAGGGGAGAGAAAUACAAGACCUUUCAAAAACUGUGGAGAGGCUUCAGAAGGAGAGAAGGAUGAUGCUGUCUAAUCAGAACUCUAAGGGUAGAGAGGAAGUGACUGCAAAAAGGGUGAAGAAAGAUGGUUUGCAUUCAGGUAAAGGAAGUGCUAACUCAUUCCCUGGAACCCUGGAUGGCAAGCUUUACCAGCCACAUACUUUUACUGAUUCCCAUGUUUCAGAGGUUUUACAAGAAAACUGCAGAUUGAAAAAUGAACUGGAGAGAUUAAUUGUGGAGAGGAAUGAGCUAAAGAUGAAAUCUGAAGCAGCAGUGAACCAAUUUGAAAAUUCCAUGAAAAGGGUCAAGGAAGAUACGGCAGCACGCAUUGCAUCUCUCAAAGCAUCUCAUCAGAGGGAAGUAGAGAAACUCCUUUGUCAAAAUGCAGUAGAAAAUUCUUCUUCCAAAGUAGCUGAACUAAAUCGUAAAAUAGCAACUCAAGAGGUACUUCUAAAACAUUUCCAAAAUCAAGUUAACGAGCUGCAGGGUAAACAGGAGUCUCUUGUAGUUUGUCAAGUUCGAGAAGAAAUCCUACAGAAAGAGAUUACAAAACUCCUAGAAGAACUAAGAGAAGCCAGAGAAAACCAUACACCAGAGAUGAAACAUUUCAUGGGCUUAGAAAAGAAAAUUAAACAGAUGGAAAUGAGACAUCAGCAAAGAGAGCAGGAACUUCAACAGAUAAUACAGCAAACACACCAAGUAGUAGAAACUGAGCAAAACAAAGAAGUUGAGAAAUGGAAAAGACUUGCACAGUUGAAGAAUCGUGAGUUGGACAAGUUCCGCACAGAAUUAGACUCCAUAUUAGAUGUUCUUCGAGAGCUGCACCGGCAGGGGGUGGUUGUGCCGGUGGCUUUUGCAGAUGAAGUGAAUGCGCCAGAGUAUUACUAGAAACUGGGAUUUCCCAGGACCUCACGGAAAGCCCUGAAGAUGGAGGGUGAACGGGAUUGUGCCACUGUCAGAAGAAGGCUUUUGAAAACAAGUGUUCCGAUGUGUGGCCAGGAAGCAAACAAUACAAAAGCAACAUUUCAAAAUAAAUUGCCCUAAACCAGUAAGGAAAAAUAUUAUGCUGUAUUUUACUGAAAAUCAUUAAGCAGU